CAACCGACUACAACAUUGAUACCACCGCAACCCUGCAAACCGGUUGAGAGAUUUACACCACAAUAUUUCCUUAUCGGGACUAUUAUUAUUGGCACUUGACGAAACAGAUCCAGCGCCUACAGUGAAACAAGAGGAAAAUGUCCCUGUCUGGCUGGGUUUGUGUGGUAACGGGUGCCUCCAGAGGUAUUGGCAGGGGAAUAGCCCUCCAGCUGUCUGAGGCAGGAGCCACCGUCUACAUCACUGGACGCCAGGAGAAGACUCUGAAACAAACUGCUGCACAGGUCAAGGAGAGGGGUGGAAGCUGUGUGCCAAUUAUUUGUGAUUCUACAAAAGAUGAAGACAUUAAAGAACUGUUUGAACAAAUCAAACGUGAGCAGAAUGGCAGGCUGGAUAUCCUGGUUAACAAUGCCUACGCUGGCGUUCAGGCUAUCUUUGAGAAUAUGGGCAAGAAGUUCUGGGAAACAGAUCCAUCUAUGUGGGAUACCAUAAACAACACAGGCCUCAGGGGCCACUAUUAUUUCUCAGUUUAUGCAUCCCGGAUGAUGGUGGCUCAAGGCCGGGGUUUGAUAGUCACUAUUUCAUCAAUGGGAGGGCUGCGCUAUCUCUUCAAUGUGCCAUACGGUGUUGGUAAAGCUGCAUGUGACAGGCUGGCAGCAGACAUGGCUGUGGAACUGAAAAGUAGGGGAGUGGCUUCUGUCAGCCUGUGGCCAGGAGCAGUGCAGACAGAGUUGGUAUCUCAGUUUGUACUGGAGGAUACACCACAGAGUGUAAAUUCUAAGUUUAGAGAUGUAUUUGCCAAUGGAGAAACCACAGAACUGAGCGGGAAGUGCAUCGUCAACCUUGCAAAAGAUAAAAGUCUGAUGUCGCUGACCGGGAAAACUAUACUGACUUGUGACCUGUCAAGGCGCUAUGGGAUUCAAGAUGUUGAUGGGCGAAGUGUAGUUGACUACACCUCUCUAAAAUUCCUGUUGACCCAGGUCCCAUAUCUCUCCUGGCUCUCAGUUAUUGUCCCUUCAUUUCUGCGACUGCCACGCUUUGUGCUCACCUUGGCAAAUAACCGCUUCUAAACAUGCUUUCUUGUAUCAGUACUGACAUGACGGUAUCAUACUUUGUUUCAGCUCAUGCAUGCGGUCCAAACUUAAAAUCCUACAUCAUGUAAGCAUACACAAAUAUAUAUGUUGUUGUUUUUUUUAAUGAAGGAAGGUUGUUUAACCAACUCUACAUAUCGACUCCUACGUGAGUUAUUAAUGAACGUGAUUCAAUGAAGUUUCAGAUAAUACUAGAGACUAUUUUGUGUAUUUUAACAUUUAAUUUACCAUCACUUGUGGAUGAAGUCACACAGUGAUGGGAAUGAUUAAUAUCACUACAUGUUUGUUUUCAAGCAGAAGAUCAAUCACAAUUUUAAACAGCAAACUAUGAGACAUUAUUGCAA